AUGGCGAACGCGCGAGAUGUGGCAGAGUGCCUCAUGCUCGCAAUUGCAGCUCUAGGCGCGCUGUCUUCUCUCACCCGGCCAGACUGCAAUUUCCCUCUCUUCGUUUAUCUUUGGUGGACGUUCUUCUCUGUUCCGGACGAGAGGAAGGCGCAGCAGCGAUUCAUGAUCGCGUUCAUCUUUCUGUCGAUUAUCCAAGAUAUUCUCUAUGUCCUUUACUGGCCUAUUCGUUGGUUUGCGCAUGACUGGCUAGCAUUGUCUAGCGACACAGAAGGUCUUCAUGUUCUCGUUACCUUCUUUGCGCUGCUUGAGGUCUGCCUGAAGCUGCUUCUUCUGGCACUUCUGCUUAUUCCGGGGGCAGGGGUUAACACCCAGGAAGCCGUUAAGGUCUGGUUUCAGCGGCUUGGACACCAGGAGCAACGACGAGAGACGCAGAUGCCCCUGAUUGUGACAGGACAAUCAGCUCCCCUCGCUGCUCCAGGUUCCGCUGGUCCGCCUCCCGCACUCAACUUUUCUCAAGUCACGUCUCGGCCUUCCUUCUCCUCUGAAGUCGUGUUUUCAUCGUGA